AUGGAUAAGGGAUGGAAAUAUGCUGUGGAUCCGAGAUCACUGUUGAAGUUCGUGAAGAUGGAAAUUCCACUAUUUGAUGGGGUAAACCCAGAUACUUGGAUUUUCAGAACAGAGCUUUUCUUUGAUUUGCAGCGCGUUCCACCAGAGCUUAAGGUCCAAUUAGCGGGUCUGCGCAUGGAUGGAUUGACUUCGUCCUGGUUCCAGUGGAAGUAUCGAAGUGGAACCAUUAAAUCAUGGACGAAAUUCACUACAGCGUUGCGUCAACGUUUUGGAGUCUUAACUCAGAAGCAUAUUAGGGGUACUCUUUCCAAAGUAUCUCAAAAAGGUUCGUUGAAAGAUUAUUUUAGCGAGUUUGAAAUGUUGAUGAAUCAGACUCAAGAUUUAAGUGAAGAAUUAUUGCUGAGUUUCCUUGUUUCUGGACUUACUCCUGACUUGCGAAGGGCUUUGGAAAUUCAUGAUCCCAAAUCAUUACAGCAGGCUAUGGAACUAGCAACUGUAUAUGAUUCCCAUUUUUCUGAGUUAAAGGUGUCAUUAACCUCUGGAACACCGAAGGUUACCUAUCGUUUAGCUCAAGGUAAUAUGAAUAAUAGUAAUACAGGAUUGCGAUCCACUCCUGUGGCUUCAUCUAAUUCAGUUGCAACAACAGCAACUACAUCUUCAGUAGCACCUAAAAUUCCAUUCAGGAAGUUAUCCAGUGAGGAGAUGAACCGUAAAAGGGAUUUGGGGCUGUGUUUCACAUGUGAUGAGAAGUGGAAUUCGAAGCACAAAUGCCAGAGUAAGAUGUUGUUGAUGGUGGGAGAUGAUCAUGACGAAGAUGGUGAGGAGGAAGAAGAUAUAGUGUGGAAUGCACAGACCAUGGCAACUGCAGAUGCUGCCUUACAUUCCUUAUCUGAAGGAUCUGUGACUAAGGCCUUCAAGUUCCUAGCUCAAAUCCAUGGGAAGAAUAUUCCUAUUCUAGUAGACACUGGCAGCACACAUAACUUUGUCAAAACAGAAUUGGCAAUUGAAUUGGGACUUCCCAUGACUCGUAUUAAAAAAAUGAGAGUCUUCCUUGGGAAUGGGGAAUUUAUGGUGUGUGAUCAUAAGUGCAGAGAUGUGCAUCUGUGGUUACAAGGAGAGGAGUUUAUACUGGAUUUAUGGGUGUUAAAUCUUGAGAAAUUGGAGAUGAUACUGGGAAUAUGCUGGUUGGAGCAGUUGGGGAGAGUGACACAUGAUUACAAAGAGAUGGCAAUGGAAUUCACAUGGAGAAAUAAGGCUAUUCGACUUGUAGCUCAGAAGACAAAUGGACAGCAAGCAAUGCUCGAUUACCUUCAGGCUGAGUGUUGGUCAUUACAACAAGAACCAACUUCAGAACAGGUAUACACUGAAUUGUCCAUAUUAAAAUCUUCUGUCAAUGAACUGAUAUGGCAGAUUUUACUCCAACAUCAAAGUGUUUUUUCUAUUCCCAAAGAAUUGCCACCUUUUAGAGACACAGUACAUGCUAUACAUUUGGAGCCAGGUUGUAAGCCUGUGAAUGUGAGACCUUAUCGAUAUGGUCAUCAUCAAAAAGAAGAAAUUGAACAGCAGGUGUCUGAUUUAUUAGCUUCUGGAUUCAUCAAACCAAGUAACAGUCCUUAUUCAUCUCCAAUCCUAUUGGUGAGGAAACAAGAUCAGUCAUGGCGUAUGUGUGUAGACUAUCAAGCCUUAAAUAAAAUCACAAUUCGAGAUAGGUUUCCAAUGCCUACAAUUGAUGAGCUGAUGGAUGAGUUGGGGGGGGGGGGUCAGUUGUGUUCUCCAAAUUGGAUUUGA